AUGGACCCGAUUCAAGAAGCGAUUGCAGAAAUCGAAUCGCGAGAACUAGGAGAUAAAUUCUCGUAUCAAGCAAUCGCGAAAAAGCAUGGUGUAGCACGAAUGACGUUGAUGAGACGACACCGCGGCGAAACUGAGGCCUAUGGCGUGCGCAACCUCUCCCUCCAUCCACAACACGAGAAGGAGCUUGUACGAUACAUC